AGGUACAGCUGGCUCGCCUCCAGGAGUUGGGAUUCAGUAUGGAAGACUGUCGUAAAGCUCUUUUGAUCUGCCAAGGUUUGAAUUUUCUCCAACAUUUGAGAGCCAACCCUGAAGGCUAUGCUCAUUUUACCCUCUCUGGAGAUUAUUACAAUCGUGAGCUUUCAGGCUGGGAGCCAUUUAUUGAGCCAUGGCCGUGUUCAGUUUCUUGGCAACAGCAAGCUUCGAGCCGCCUCCACCCUUCCCGACUGAAGCUGGAAGUAAAGGCUAAACACCGUUUGGAUCUAAACAUUACCUCUGUCUUCAUAGAACAAUACACAUGUACCAAACAGUCGUGGAUGGAAGAUUACUGUAAACAGGACAAAGAAGUGAAUGUAAUCAGUUCAGAAGACUGGAUGGGUUCUUCGGUGGAUCCACCAUGUUUUGGGCAGACUGAAAUGAAGACUCCAAAACGUAGGCAGCCGUUUGUCCCAUUUGCUCUAAGAAAUCAUACUGGAUGCACUCUGUGGUUUGCUACCCUAACUACAACACCCACGCGGGCUGCACUGUCUCACAGUGGGAGUCCAGGUGUUGUUCCUGAGGAAAACGGGACAUUGCUGGAUGAUGCCCAUAAUGUCAGUGAAUGGCAAGAAGUUAUCACUGGGGAAGAGAUUCCAUUUGAAUUUGAAGCCAGAGGGAAACUCAGACACAGGCACACACAUGAUCUAAGAAUUCAUCAGUUGCAAGUGAGAGUAAAUGGCUGGGAAGAAGUCAGUCCGGUAUCUGUAGACAAAGUUGGAACGUUUUUCCGAUAUGCUGCACCAGAUAAGAACUCAUCCUCUUCUACUUUUUCUUCAUUGCCUCCAGUUCGUGUGGUAUUUGAAGUUACCAUGGAAGGUAGCGCUCGGAAAGUGAUAACAGUGCGCUCAGCCUUGAUUGUGAAGAACAAGCUGGAAACACCAAUGGAACUAAGACUAGAUAGUCCUUCUGCUCCUGACAAACCUGUAGUUCUUCCAGCAGUUAUGCCAGGAGAUUCCUUUGCUAUUCCAUUACAUCUUACAUCUUGGCGUUUGCAAGCCAGGCCAAAAGGAAUGGGAGUCUUUUUCUGUAAGGCUCCGAUUCAUUGGACUAAUGUUCAGAAGACAGCAGAAGUAUGUAGCAGCAAGCGAGAGUGUCAUUCAAUGGAAUCUGAAAAUAGCCGAUUUUUCAGGUUUUGUGUGGCUAUAAAGAAAGAAAAUUAUCCAGAUUACAUGCCUUCCGACAUAUUUUCUGACAGUGCUAAACAGAUUUUCAGGCAGCCUGGGCAUACUAUUUAUCUCUUGCCAACGGUCGUAAUCUGUAACUUGCUGCCUUGUGAGCUCGAGUUCUAUGUUAAAGGAAUGCCAAUUAAUGGGACGUUAAAACCUGGCAAAGAGGCAGCAUUGCACACAGCUGAUACAUCUCAGAACAUUGAGCUUGGGGUAUUGCUAGAAAACUUCCCGAUCUGCAAGGAGCUGUUGAUUCCUCCUGGGACACAAAACUAUAUGGUGCGGAUGCGAUUGUAUGAUGUCAACAAACGACUGCUAAAUUUGACCAUACGGAUUGUAUGUCGUGCUGAAGGUUCUCUAAAAAUACUGAUUUCAGCACCAUAUUGGUUAAUCAACAAAGCAGGAUUACCACUUAUCUUCAGGCAAGAUAAUGCAAAAACAGAUGCUGCAGGUCAGUUUGAAGAGCAUGAACUUGCUAGAAGCCUCAGCCCACUUCUAUUCUGUUACGCUGAUAAAGAACAGCCAAACUUUUGUACAAUGCGGGUUGGAAAAGGAAUCCAUCCUGAAGGUAUGCCUGGCUGGUGCCAGGGUUUCUCCCUGGAUGGUGGUAGUGGUGUGAGAGCCCUUAAAGUGAUCCAACAUGGAAACCGGCCAGGCCUCAUUUAUAACAUCGGUAUUGAUGUUAAAAAAGGCAGAGGCCGUUACAUUGAUACAUGCAUGGUAACAUUUGCGCCCCGUUACCUAUUAGAUAAUAAAUCAACCUACAAGCUUGCCUUUGUUCAGCGGGAAUUUGCCAGAGGUCGGGGAACAUCCAAUCCUGAUGGCUAUAUCUCCACGCUUCCCGGUUCCAGCGUUGUGUUCCACUGGCCACGUAACGAUUAUGAUCAACUAUUAUGUGUGAGACUAAUGGAUGUCCCAAACUGCAUUUGGUCUGGGGGCUUUGAGGUCAACAAAAAUAAUUCGUUCCAUAUUAAUAUGAGGGACACCCUCGGAAAAUGUUACUUCUUAAGGGUAGAAAUUACUCUUCAAGGAGCCACAUACCGCAUUGCGUUCAGUGAUACAGAUCAGUUACCGCCACCUUUCCGCAUAGACAAUUUUUCCAAGGUCCCAAUUGUUUUUAAUCAGCACGGUGUUGUUGAGCCAAGGCUCUACACUGAAGUGAAGCCCAUGACCUCUCUGGAUUAUGCAUGGGAUGAACCUAUUCUACCACCUUUUAUAAUGCUGACAGUUAAAGGGGCAGGCUCCUCAGAAAUCGUCUGUAGCAUGAAUGACUUCCAAGAUAGCAAGCAGCUUUACUAUGAAAACUUCAUUUAUAUUGCUGCUACAUAUACUUUCUCAAGUUUACAGGAGCCAGGUGUAAGACCAGUUGCUUCAAAUAAGGAUGCUGCAUAUGCAGAGCUUGUCCUUGAUGUUUCUCCAAAGACUCAACGAGUUGUACUGAAAAAGAAGGAACCAGGAAAACGAUCCCAGCUUUGGAGAAUGACGGGCACAGGAAUGCUUUGCCAUGAAGGUUCUUCAGUUCCUCAUAACCCCCAUAAACCUUCUCCUCGGUCUGUGGACUCGUGUAUGAUUUUAGAUAUUGCAGGUCUGGCAGCUGUCACAGAUAACAGGUACGAGCCCCUGAUGUUGAGAAAGCCUGAUCGACGGCGCAGUACUACCCAGACAUGGAGUUUUCGUGAUGGAAAGUUGACCUGUGGUAUUCAUGGACUUGUUGUCCAG